AUGUCGUGCUUACACAAAGAACAAAAACCAAUGGUUCCCUUAAAAACGUUAGAUAUAAUUUUUAGACGACGGUAUGUACCAAAUACACAGUAUUAUUUUACUAAUAGACAGUAUGCGAUGCGGAAGAAUCAAACAAAAGGGAAGAUUUGCAAACCCUUCCAAAUACCAAGGUCUGAAAAACUCCUUUCGUACGUUAAAUACAGUGACCAACUCGAGAAAAAUUAUACAAAUAUCAGAUUAUCUCAACCAUUACACAUGAAAGAUAAUUUAAAAUCUGCAGCAACAAGGGACAUUUCUGAAAGACUAUUUAUUAACAAAGUACUUGAUGAUGUAAAAGCAGUCGUCGAAAUCCAUCCAGAGUUUUAUAGUGUUAUUGAAGGUCGACCUUUGCGUAGUUUCGAUGAUAUAAAGGUAUAUUUGAAUAACAUACGUUGUUACGCAAUGAAUCGCCAACAGAUAGGUUAUCGACGUGAUUUAAUUUUAAAUAUUGAUCAAAGUGUAAUAGAAGAGUCAAAUGAACAUAACAUUAUAAUGAAAAAUCUAAAAUAUCAUAUACAGAAUUUCCAAAAAUUUCUGACAGAAGACUAUAAAAAGGCAUGUCAGAAAGUUACAAAGGCUGAAAAAAUUUAUGCAGAAUUGAACUCUAAACAAUUACAAUUUCUUAGUUAUAUUUCUACAUUGACUAUUCUUAAUAAUGUAAUAUUUAAAUUGGAUGCUAUUAGGAAUACUUUAAAGAUAUACAGAAGAUUUUUGAUGUUUAUUGCUCCUAUCUCUUGGAGACAGUUGUAUGAUGAAACAUUAAAGGAUAAAAUUCAGUCGAUUCAAUUCGAAUCUGGUCAAUUUGCAACAGAAAAUGACUUAAUAGAUACUUUAGAUAUUGACAAAAUAGUUGAAAUGGCAAAUAUAGAAUUCAUAAAUCCCUUACCUGCUCAUAUAUAUUUUAAAGAACCGGAACAAAUAAUGUAUUUAUUUCGCACAAUGGAAUUACAAAGUAGAGAAUAUUUGAUACAUCUCUCGAAAACAAAUAUACCGUUUCGAUUAUUGAAACAACGAAUUAAGCAAUUAAAACAAGCAACGAAACAUGAACUUGAUUAUUUUCAGUUCUAUAUUGAUACUGUCAACUACGAAAUUACUCGAGAAAAUUACAAUGAAAGCCAUUUGCAAGAAAAGUUUUUUCGCAUAUUAAACGAUACGUUUUAUGAAAGUGUUGCCAGUCCUGAUACUCUAAAACUAAAAAUUUGUAUUGAGUAUGUUUACGAGCAGGUGUUUGGCAAAUCUGAAGAAGGACAUCAAAGUCUACAAGAUCCGAUGAAAAUAUUAGAAGUUAUGUACGAAGACUAUAACUUACGACUUGAUUCAUUAGAUUUUAAAAUUGUUAAUCAAGCAAGAAAUGAAUUUUUUUCUCAAGAUUUGAAAACAAUGUCGAACGCACAUAAAGCCCAACGAGAACUUAAGGCGUUUUGGGAAAUGACAAACGCAAUGAAUAAAGCUUUUUUACCUCCUGCAAAAUUUUCCAAGCCAUUGUUUGUCAAAAUUCUUAGUAAAAAAGAUAAAAAGGCAAAUGUUCAAAGAGAUAAAUCAAAAAUACAAAGAAAUGAAGUCGAUAAACCAGGAAAAUACAAAUUAACCCCAGAUGAAAAAGAUGGUUUAAUACUAUUCACUGAAUGGUGUGAAGGAAUGGAUCCAACCCCAUAUCUUAAUGAAUAUUAUAAUCACGUAAAACCCGUUUUUGAAUACGUGCUUCGGAAGGAAAAAUAG